AUGUAUUCAAAGAGAGAUGAGAGGUUCUACUUGCCUGGUCUUGGAGGCCACCACUUGUUGUCUUAUGAUCUCAAAUUCGUCAAGAAACCCUACAAGCCUGAGUUCCAUGAGUUUCAGUUUCGAGACAUUCCACAGUCACUCGCGUAUGAGUAUGAUCUGCCGGAGCUGUUUUGUUCUUCUUCCAGGACUGAAUACCUCGUGGAGUCACCCUCCGGCGAGGAACGUUUCCUCAUCAAAUGGUACGCCGACAGCAAUUUGGUUUCGAAAAAAGUCUCAUAUGAAACGCAGAUGUUCAUGGUGUUUAGAGAAGAGGAGACACCAGAGGGAAAACUCAUGCGUUACACUGAUGACAUUGGAGAUCUGUGCAUCUUCAUUUCAAAGGGUGGCGAGGCAUUUUGCGUCCAGUCAAGCUCGUUCCCGUUCACGAACGAGUCGUUCCCUGGACUCCUAACAAACACCAUCUAUUUUAUAGGCUUUGGCUUUAGCUUUUACGAUCUUGCCAGCAAAACCACCUCUAGUUUACAAACUCCCGAAGAGUCACUACUGGAUGGGAAUGCGAUCCCUCACUGGUUUCCUCCAUCUUCUAGCUAG